UGCAAAGAGAGUCUGUGGAUGCUCCAUCCCUGGAGGUUCAAGGCUAAAUUGGGCUCUGGACAGCUUGAACUAAUUGGUGGCAACCCUGCCCAUGGCAGGGUGUUGGAACUGGAUCCAAGCCAUUCAUCAUCAUCAUCAUGAUUUAAGUACACUGUUGUAACUGCCAAAUCAUAUAAAUUCAAGAUAAGUACAGUUCAUGUUUCUCUGAGAAACUGUCCAAAGAGGAGUCAUCAUAUGAGACUUCUUGAGCUGAAUAACUUACAGGAAGAUACGGGGUGGUCCCAGACAGACAUACAGAAACACAAAUCAAGAUCUAGUUACAAUCACAUCCAAAUAACUUGUUAGCUGAAGUUUGCAUCUUAUAAUUGGCUGAAAUUAGGAGUAAGUAUGAUGAUCAUAGUCUUGAAGCAUAAGUAGGGAUUUUUAUCGGUAUCUGUCUCCCUCACUGUAUGAAAACCUUAUGGAAACUUUUUCCUGAAAAGAAUGGUGAAGUUAUGAUUUGAUUCAAUUUGUAGUCAAUAUCUAGGAAAAAAAUAGCAACGCACUACUUACUUCACUUGAACUCCUCCUCCUUUUAUGGCUGCUGUUGCCUAUUAGAAGGUUGAUCCAGUGACUGGGUGACUGACACUUACCUAAUUUCCAGUGAAGUGGAAGAAUGCUUUCUUUGAGACAGAAGAAUACUUUUGUUUCAUCCGUGGUAGCAUAAGAAACCUAGAAUUAGAAAAUGUUUGUCCUUAGAACUACUUUGUAUAUGUGAAUAAAGGGGCAUGGCACUGCAUAACAAGAAUAUUAACCAAAGUGAAGAGUUGUUUGCAGCCUUCACAUGGCAAGUUCUAGGUACAGAUAAUGUGGAGCAGAAAACCUACAGUGAUGCUGAUAUGGUCAGACAUCUGCUAGCUGAGAAAGAUCGGGACCUGGAACUGGCAGCACGAAUUGGACAAGCCCUGCUUAAGCGAAACCAUCUGCUGACGGAACAGAAUGAAGCACUAGAAGAACAGUUAGGACAAACUCUAGAUCAAGUUAACCAGCUCCAGCAUGAACUAUCAAAGAAGGAUGACCUGCUUCGUAUUGUUUCAAUUGCUUCUGAGGAAAGCGAAACAGAUUCUAGCUGUUCCACACCACUUCGUUUCAAUGAGUCUUUCAGUGUGUCACAAGGUCUCUUGCAGCUGGAUAUCUUGCAAGAUAAACUCAGGGAGUUGGAGGAAGAGAACCUUGCUCUCCGAUCGAAGGCCUGCCAUCUGAAGACAGAAACCAUUACGUAUGAAGAGAAGGAACAGCAGUUAGUCAAUGACUGUGUCAGAGAGCUCCGGCAAACAAAUGCUCAAAUUUCCAGAAUAACAGAGGAAUUGUCAGAGAAGAGUGAGGAGCUGGUUCGCUACCAGGAAGAGAUUUCAUCCCUUUUGUCUCAGAUUGUUGAUCUUCAGCAUAAACUCAAAGAACAUGUGAUUGAGAAGGAAGAGCUGAAACUUCACUUACAAGCUUCCAAAGAUGCUCAGAGACAACUGACAGCAGAGUUACAUGAGUUGCAAGAUCGGAAUGCAGAGUGUUUGGGGAUGCUGCAUGAAUCUCAAGAAGAAGUGAAGUUGCUGCGCAGCAGAGCCAGCUCCGUUGCUUGUCUCUGCCACCCUCAGGAUUCCCUUGCAGCAGAAAUUGAAGGGACAAUGCGGAAAGAAUUGAGUCAGGUUGAUGAAUCUCUCCUAUCCAAGCAAAAGAGUCAACAGAAACGAGUAUUUGACACUGUCAGGGUUGCUAAUGUUACUCGUGGCCGCUCUUCUUCUUUUCCUGCUCCAUUACCAAUCCCUGGAUCUAAUAGGUCAAGUGUUGUUAUGACAGCAAAGCCUUUUCAGUCUGGCAUACAGAUGGAAAGCCAUGCACAGAUGAUCCAGAGGAGCAGCUCUGAGAAGAAUUUGAAGGGCAGACAUAAGCCUGGCCAGCCAGGAACUCCUGGAGACAAUGACUUAGUCACAGCUCUGCACAGACUCUCUCUCCGUCACCAGAACUAUCUGAGUGAAAAACAGUUCUUCGAGGAGGAGUGGGAGCGCAAAAUGCAUUUGCUGACUAAGCAGAAGGAAGGGGCUAGUGGUUAUAGUACACCAACAGAAAGUUGUUUUUCCUUGGGUACAAACUCAGAAUUCACCGAUCUCUCUGCCAGCUCCAGUAACCUCCGUGUCCUUCUACCAGAAAAACUGCAAAUUGUCAAGCCCAUCGAAGGAUCUCAGACCCUGUUUCACUGGCAGCAGCUUGCUCGACCCAACCUAGGCACCAUUCUUGACCCAAGACCAGGUGUUGUUACAAAAGGUUUUACCCCUCUGACCGAUGAUUCUGUGCACCGCAUCUCUGACUUGGAGGAGGAUGACGAAGAAGAAGGAGAAGGAGGUAUAACAUUUCAAGUGCAACAAUCCUUCCUGGAGAAGAAGUCUGCAGAGGCAAAACCAGUGUCAGGGAUUUUCCUGUCACCUAUCACUUCAGUAGCAGUACCACUCACUGCCUUGAAUCCUGGCAAGUGUCUGUCUUCAACAAAUUCCACAUUUACUUUUACUACUUGUAGAAUCCUUCACCCGUCUGAUGUCACCCAAGUUACUCCCAGUUCUACAUCUGCCCCAUUUUCACUUGGAAAUAAUGGCAAGAGCUUUGGAAACCAUGUAGUGAGCACUCCAGCCAUCUCUUACAGGCUUAGUAUUGGAGAAUUUCUCACCAACAGAGGAGAUUCAACUACUACCCUCAGCAGUACCAGCAGUCUGGCUCAACUCUUGCAAGAGCGUGGCAUCUCUGCCAAGGUUUAUGAUAGUCCCCUAUUAGAUAAACUGCCUCUGCUACAGCCCCCUCGUACAGUCCCCGUUCCUUCUACUCCACCAAAUUCUCCUUCACGUUCACCUUGUCCUUCCCCUCCACCAUUUGAGUCUCGAGUGCAUCACUCAGAAAAUUUCCUGGCUUCAAGACCAGCGGAAACAUUCUUGCAGGAAAUGUAUGGCCUAAAGCCCUCCCGUAACGCUCCAGAUGUAGGCCAGCUAAAGAUGAACCUGGUGGACAGGCUGAAGAGGCUGGGUAUUGCCAGGGUUGUCAAGCCCCCUGAUACACAGGACCACAAGAAGAAUCAGGGGGCAGAGGUUAGCUUGCGGAGGCCAGACUCGGCUGUGUUUUUAAAUUCAGGUAGCAACUUAAUGGCAGGACUGAGAAGAAACCAGAGUCUUCCAGCCAUGAUUGGAGCAUUAGGAGCCCCAGUCUGCACACAGUCAACAAAAAUGGAUAUCCUAAAAGAGGACUGAUUGCUCUGGACACUGGCUUAGUAAAUAAUUCAAGAGGGAUAAGCAUCCAGUACAGAAAAGGUUAGGUGUGUUACAGAAGAGUUGGAGAAGGCAUGUGCAUGUUAAAAGGGGUGGGGAAAGAAGUGAUAGGGUCAAGGAGAAAAGAACAUUGCUUGGGUCUGGGAAAGAAGGCUUUUGUGGAAGAUAAGAAAAGAAAGAAGAAACCAAAGCUUAGUUUUGAGAUCUCUCCAGCAUCUGUCUUAGCUUAAGUAAAAGUCCCACUGUAGAUGUUUUCAGUAUUUUAACCUUUUAAACUGUACUUGUAGGACUGUCUUGCAGGUGCAGUUCUAUUUUUUCCACCAUAUGACUGUAGUACUUAUAAUUUGCUAGCAGUCAGGCUGUGUCAUUUGAAUAUGAUAUUAAGAUAAUAAUCAGUCUGACCAGCAUCAUUUGUCCAAGUUCUUCUCUGUAGCAAAUACAAAAACUUGGAACUACUUUAAUUUUUGUAUUUUCUAGCUCAGAAACUGCUCUUUUGAAAUCCCCAUGUUGAGAAGCAGAAGUGAGAACCUUUAAUUUGACGUUUGAGCACAAAAAUGAAUGAUAAGGAUUUGUUUUUUUUUGAAAGAGUGCAAUUGUGCUCAAAGAAGUUAAUUUCUUUCUAGAGCUUCAGAAGCAUACAAUGGAAAGUGCAAUGAAUGAGAACUAAGAAGCAUGAAAGUAUGUAUUAGGGUGAAAAUUUCAAGCUAAGAAAUCUUUUUUUUUUUUUUUCACAUACAAAGAAAAAUCUCAGGCACGUUUCAAUAUUGCAAAAGGAAAUAAAUCUAGGUGCUUGAUUCAGAGUUUGUUUUCAUUUGGCAUAAGCAGAGACCAUUUACCUAAAUGCUUGAAAAAUCGGUAAUCUGAAUCUUGACAGCUAGGCAUUCUGUACAUUGGAGACUUUGGCAGCAACAUCAUGCCUUUUGUUCAGAUAUUCCUGAUUUUAGACAGGAUUUUGUUUGAAAGAUUUCAUUAUGAUCAGAAUUUAUCAUUCUGUAUUCAGAAAGUUGAAGAUGAAUGCCAGUGUUCUUUUUAGCAUUUUAUGAAUGCAGAUCAAUUUGGCCUAUGUUGAAAUCAUGUUUGAAUGACGAAAAGUGGCUCUGACCUUGGUUCUGAAUUAACAGUGAGGCAGACUUUUUGUCUUAAAAGAAAACACCACUGGAGAAGUCUGGUUUCAGAGUGACAUUCAGCAAAGUAUUAUUGCCUAUCAUGCUUUUGGAAUUCCUUCCUGACCAAGCUUCUAGUCAUAACUGAAUAAUCUACAAUAGAUUUAAAAUGUAUCUUAAGAAAAAAUAUUUGUCUCCCAUUCCUUGGGGGAAUAGAUCUUUGCCAGUGAUCAGAAUGGAAACAGGUUCUUAAAUCUCUUUGUGAUUUUUUUUUUUUUUUUCCAGUAUACCUAACAUAUUUGAAUGAUUUUAAUGUUUGAUUCCAUAAGUUAGUUAGAGCAGCCAGUGUUUACCUUGGCUGUUAGAGUGUAUGUGGGACAUAGGUGGCAUCUUUCUGGAUGUAUGGUGUGAAGCACUGGCAUAAUUACACUGAUUUACAUUUGACAUAUGGCACAUCCACACCCUUGUUGCUGCAGGAUUGAGUGGAGUAGGGCAGGAAAAGAAAGCUUCUUAAACAGAUUUAUAAUGUGGCCUUUCUGCUUUUACAGCCCUAUGGAUCUCAUGAUGACUGAUAUAGCAGUCUUUUUUUGUAAAAGGAAAAGGACUAACCACUUCAAACUUGCACAGGGACUCUCAGCAGAAACUUGUCUGUCAGCAGCGCACAGAAGUAUUCAGGAACUCCUAGAGUUGCCUUUUGCUCUCUAAGAAUCUUAUGAAAGGUGAAUUUUAUUUGAAAUACUAUAUACGGGUUAAUUUGUUUUUUAAAUGAAAAAUAUUUAAUUCCUUCAUGUAAAUAUUUAUGUUUGUACUUCCUUAACUGUUCACUGGGCCUUACCUAGCUAAAUAAGGUAAGAAUGAAAGAGCUGGGGGGAGAUAUUCUUGCUCUCCAGUGAACUAAGGAAUGAGUUGACAAAAGAUUAGAUAGUUUGGUUUAAACAGGGAAGUAUAUAAUGUGUCAGAAGUCUGUCUGUUUUAUGUACGCUUAUUAUAGGAAUGCAUCUAAGAGACAGAUAAUUUUUUAAAGUAUUUCACUGUGUUUCUAACUAGCUUCAUUAUAUAACUCCAGAUCAUUGCGUGUCUUAUCAGCAGAAAAAGGAAAAUAAAUUAAAUCCAAAUUCCUUUGCAGACCACGUUUCCAUUAAAAGCUAUGUAAUAGCACAUUAAUUAAAUGCAUGUUUCUUUUCAGGACAAUUCCAUUUUCUGUAGCCUAGCAAUAGAGACUGGUUCCGUUCAAACGAUAUGAUAGAUGUUGUGAGGCUUGUUGGUUGCUUUCUGUAGGAUCAUUGGAUACAAGAAGGAAGAUGAUCAAAGAGUUUGAAUACUGUUGUGUUUGUAUUCAUCCAGUUCUUUGAUGCCGUGGUACAGUACUUUUGAAAUUCUGUGAUGCAUUUUGUAUACGUGUGCCUAGCUUGCAGCACCAGGGAAAGUUGCUACAUCUUCCAAGUUUACUUCUUGGUGCCAAAAUCAAGCAGACAAACAUAUGUAUUUCUGAUAACAUACUAAAGUUGCCAUUAUUCUAGGAACUCAUUUGGGUUCCAUUGUCUCUUGCAAGAGAGAAAAUGAACGUGGAUGACUUAGGUAGCUGAGAUCUUGCUCAAGAUCUUUUUGUCCUGCACAAAUGUGAUUUGGUUGAGUGAACUGAUGGAGAAUUGCACUUGUAGAGUGUUCUGCUACCUUGCAAAUUUGAAACAAAAAACAGAUGCUGCAAAGAAAUCCAUGCUGUAUUUGUGAAAGUUCAAGACGCUGGAAAGGAAAAUUUUGUAGUGUCUACAUUUAUUCAGGUUGGCUUAAAUCAAGUACAGGUUUAUAACUUUCUAGUUGUACAGGUGCACAGUUCAAGCUUCACGUGUUUGAUAAACUUGGAGAUACCUGCACACUCAAAAUACCUGUGGUCUGAUGAAGUCAAAAGUCUACUGCUGUCAAAGAGCAUUACAGAGGGAAUGAGGAUAAUAGGUUUGAGCCUCUUUUGGCUGCUACACAAAGGGAUUACAGACAAUGUUUGAACGGUCUGGGAAUGUUUGUUUUUUUCCAUCUGCUUUUUGCACCUACUGUUGUUUCAUGGUGGAAUGUAAAUUUCAUAAUAAACAUGUAUAACAUGUCCUUUUUCAGUA